AAACACAAACCACGUGGUUGCAUGCACACACCACCACGCUGCUGAGCUCGCGCGUGUUUUUAGUUACCCAAUGUCCCCCGAUUUCAUCAUAAUAAUGUUAUAGUGUACGAAUAUGGAGGUUGCUGUGUCAAAUGAAGCGUUUGGGCUGAAGUUCGGGUGUGUUUUCGGGGCAUAAGUUUUUGUGGGCACUGCGGCCAUGCUUGUGGCUCGUGCAUUUGGCGUCGUCUGUUUCUUAUUGAAGCCAAACGUUAAAACUCUUUACUGUGUCUUUAUAUGUUCACAUUCCCAACGUACGAGGCUAAAUACGAAUGUAAAACGUAGGAGACGGAUCAGUGCGUGUAUUGGAAGACGGAUCAGAUGUUAUUUGGACUGCGUCGCUGCUGCCGCAUGGACGGAGGAAGCACGAGAGGCGCAUUGUUGUAAUGGCGGACCGUGUUAUCUGCGAACGGGAUUUUCCCCUUAAAUUCGUUUAGCAAACAUUCCCCUCACGCCGGAGACGGCGCGGGACCAGGAGCGGCGUAUCCGACGCGAGAUCGCCAACAGCAAUGAACGACGGCGUAUGCAGAGCAUCAAUGCGGGAUUCCAGUCUCUGAAGACCCUCAUCCCGCACAGCGACGGAGAGAAACUCAGCAAGGCUGCCAUCUUACAGCAGACGGCUGAAUACAUCUUCUCAAUGGAGCAGGAGAAGACCCGGCUGCUGCAACAGAACACCCAACUGAAACGCUACAUACAGAAGGAGUUCAGCGGCUCCUCCCCGAAGAGGAGGCGUGCGGAGGAGAAGGACGAGGGCAUCGGCUCUCCAGACAUCCUCGAGGAGGAGAAAGUGGAGGAUCUCCGGCGAGAAAUGAUCGAACUCCGACAACAGCUGGAUAAAGAACGCUCGGUUCGCAUGAUGCUGGAGGAACAGAUCCGCUCAUUGGAUGCCCACUUGUACCCUGAGAAGCUAAAGGUGAUCGCCCAGCACGUCCAGGAACAGCAGGUGCAGACGCAGACGCAGACUCUGAUGCGCAUGCAGGAGCAGGUGGGAAAGGAGACGGCUCCCGCUCGCAGCCCGCUGGUGUUUUCUCCUGCCACGCCUCCUGCGCCCACCCAUCAUGCCACGGUCAUCGUUCCUGCCCCCGUGCCGCCACCCCCUUCUCAUCACGUCACCGUGGUAACCAUGGGUAACCCCACCUCCGUGAUCAACACAGCAUCCACAUCACGACAGAACUUGGACACCAUUGUGCAGGCAAUCCAGCACAUCGAAGGCACGCAGGAACGGGUGGUCGUGCCCGAGGAAGAGAAGCGCAGAGCGGUUAUCGUCACCCCGGGUCGUGUCCUCACCGACACGGCCGACUCCGACACGGCCUCUGACCACGAAGGGUCCGAGGACUGUUAACUGCCCCAGCCGCCCCCCCCCCGACCCCUCCACAUUUAACGGGGGGCGCGGAGAGGGGGGUGCGCGGGGAUGGGCCUCCUGCAGAAACCCUCUCUAUCUCCUGUCUUUCUAUCGCUCUCUUCACACGGGACUCACAAAUGUCGACAGACUUAAAGGUUCAUUGUGAAAAAAUGAAAUGUUACCGAACGCGCCUCAGACGGAAGCGUGCUCAUGUAUACUCCCACAGUACACUAUACUUCCAUAGCACUCUCCAUACUUUGAUGUAUCGGGCUCUUAAUCCUUCUCCUGUGAUGUUUCCUCUGCCGUAUGAAAUACUAACAGGCCUUCACCGGACCUCCGUUUCAUCUCUUCCUGUUCUCCUAAAUCAGGAGAGCGUUCUGAUUGGAGGAACCCAAGUCUCUCAUCUCCAAACGAACUCUUUUACCCACACCCCCCCGUCGUCCCCUCUGAUACGCCAUAUUCCUCUUUUUAUUCUGGGGAGGCUUGAAGCAUCACUGUGAGAACCUGUUCCGCACCGCGGCUUGCGAAACCUUAGAGGAAAUGUUGCUUUUCUUUCAUCACGUUUGGUGCAGUUGCGUUUCUAGUCCUCCGUCGCCAGUGAUCUGCUGGUCGGUCAAACGAAAUCCGUGUGCUGAAGACCGCCAGAGGGGCUUAGUGCUGUGUGCACUUUCCCAAAACGCAAAGUCCAUCAAGGAUGGAGGUGGACUGUGCACUUAGAGUCGCUCGCCUUUACUGGGCUGGGUUCCCAGUACGCACGCUGGUGCAGGUGAAGCGCCGCCCCGUCAUGUCAAACGCCCGGCACUGUCCCCACCCCCAAAUUUUGUGUAUCGUUGUUUGUCAUUUAAUGGAAUAAGCUAACCGAUUGUUUGUGUAUCGCCUGUGUUUUGUAUGCAUUUUAUUUUAGGAGCGUGAGGAAAUAGCACUACCAGGGUUGUGGUUACCCGGUUUAGCCUAUGCAGGCCCUGACAGCUCGCCCUUCAAGUCGCUCGGGUGUUUGGCGGCCAUUGGUCUUUAGGAAAAUUGUAAUGUAAGCCUGUCCCCUAACUAGUGCGGCCUGUAGUAAGGUUUACAGUGACUCGCCUUGUGCACUAUGCACUCGCUGGAUCAGUUGCUGGCUUGAAUGUUUUACUUCCCAUAUCUCGUAGUGUAUGACGUUCAUACACCCACCACAGAUAAUCAGUGUCUUGUGAUAAUAAAGGGUAAGCCGAGAUUUCUUUUUUGUAAUGAAAGUGCCGUCUUGACACUUACGAGGCCGUGCGAUACCGCGAGCUCUCCGGACCCCUGGCGGGACAGGGGGCGGGUAUCUUGUGCCCAACAGCGGCCAGUGGCUUGCCUUAACACAGCUUCAGCGGGCGUAAGAGGCCUUAAAGUAACCCCGAAGAGACGCACAGCUCACCACCCCGAGAACGUUUCCAAACAUUCCUGAACAUUCUACCACUGUGUCGGUGCAUAAACCGGCAAGUAAAAAUGGUUUUCGCCAUGCAAGACGAAACGGUCGAAUCUCUUUUGGACUGAAAUUUGAACGUGUGCAUGGUCCCCCCCCAUCCCUUAGGAAUUAUUACAGGGAAUCAUUUUGCUGCUGGACAGAUUUUUAAACCUUUUUUCUCUCUUGGAUUUAACAGAUGCUGUCAGCACGUGAACUCUGUGAACCUCGGCGUCCUUGCCGUCAAAUCGGGCCGAUCGAUACGUUCGUUUCCGUUUCAUUUGAAGUCGCGCUUUUUUAUUCAAGCUAAAUGGGUCGUCCGUCUUACGUUCAGUCUUUAAUAAUGGUUUUGUCUUUUGGAAGAAAAAAAAAGAAUCUCCAUUUCGCUUCCCAGAUUUGAACAUUUCCUCUAGCGAAGCCACAGGGUGUCUCUCUCUCGUUGUGUAUUUUCUACUCGCAGGAAUCACUGUAAGAACUCUAGAGGACAUAUCACAAGUCGGGUGUGUCGAGGAGAACGAACGUGAAGCACUUACUGUAGUAUAAACGAGGGACGGCUCUUGUUUUUGUAAAGAGUCUUCUCCUCGGCCGAAGCUCUUCUCGCUGUGUUUAGAACCACACGGCUGUGUGUGUGUAACCCUCACAUUGUCCAAGCACACCAUGUCCACUGGUCCUUUCCAUCUCCACCGUCUCCAGACUCGUCCUGUCUCUCAUCAUCUCUCUUUUUAUCGUUCGUCAUCUCUUUAUUUUUCGUUUCUAUUUUUGUUCUCAUUGUUUUGCUUUAUGUGAGACAGUUAGUCCAUUUGGUUGUCGAGAAGCUAUUGUAUUUUUUUUUUAACUGGGGAAAAGAGGCUUGUGCCUUUUGUAAAAACAGAAUAAUAAAGUUUGUACUUUGUUUUUUACAACUUUUUUGUUGCGUGUAUUUAUUUCUCUUUUUUAAGGUGUUACUUUCCUCUGAUUUAAUAUUUAAAUUAUUUAAAGACGCGGUAUUAUGUACCGUAACGUCUAGCCGUGGUAUUUGAAGUGGGCU